CCAUCACCACCAGGGGCUUUCCACACCGCGCCGUUCCGUGCCGAGAACGGCUUGGCCGUCCCUUUUCCUGCGCUUCUCGGAACGGAGACUCCAGACGCGCAGCGCGGUGGCAGACAAGGGCGCACAGAGCGUCUAUCCCUCUGAUUUUUAUCACACAGAGGAUCCUACACUUCUCAUUCCGGGAGGAAGCGGCAAGUUGAAUAGCCGUCACCGCAUCCUACUGCAACUUGUCAAGGCAAAGAUAUUUGUUUCCGCGGCCGGAUAACAAAGAAUUCGGAGCGGAGCCACAUGUCUGGAGAGAGACUAAUGUUGGAUGGCACAGUAAAGACAACCUGAAGGACCUGAGAGCCAUCAUUCGCACAGAGUGGCAGCAAGGUCAUCUGGCAAAGGGAUGGUUUGUCCCAUUCCUGCCUUUGAGUCACUGAUAGAGUUGUCAUGAUGGCCAAUGAAAUACCGUAGGACCUUUGAAGAAUGAACUUUCCAAACCAUUGGAUUGUUCUGGAGGGAAAAACCAAGAUCAAACAAAAUCACCAACAGUAAAAUUAGUUGGCCUUUUCUCAGUCCAAGGAUUCUGCUUCAGGAGGCAAAACUAUUCAUGACUUUUUGAGGAACUGGACUACAGAAGAGUUUUCUUUCCAAAAAAGUUCAAUAUACUCAUUUUUAGACAGCUUAGUAUUAAACCACCUGAAACACACACCAACCAUUGGCCGUGACAUGGCUAAAAGUGAAAUCAGAUACACUGAAGCGGAAAAAAACGAGUCAAGAAUGGAUGGACACCAUUACUCUUCAGGGGCGUGUCCCUCACGGCCAUUGUAUCCCUGUUUUCCCCUCGUUUCCCCACUGAUCAGGGAGCUAAUCCAGUAAAAUUUGUUUUGGUUGCCUUCAAUAAUUCAGCUUGAAAGAAAAAAGUCUGUUUGUUUCACUACUUUAGAUCAGAAUUGGAAAAAAGUGCUUAUAAAAGGUGGGGCAGAUACUAUCAGAGAAUCAGAAUGACUGACAUGUUACAAUACAAACAGAUACUCUGCAGGAGGUAGAAAGUCAAUAUGCGCCACGCCGUGCCCUGUAUUCAGCAGAUAACCUCAGAUUUAUUUGUGAUCUCAUGGAUUAACUUUCAAGUUCUUACACAAAGACCUUUUAAGUUUGCCCUUGUGGACCUUUAUUUGGUAUAAAACUAUAACCGAAAAACCUUCUGUCUACAUGCACCUUUUAUGUUACAUGUAGACCCAGGCUCAAUUUCUUCCUUUUUUUCUUUUCCUCUUUUUAUUUUUUCAAACAAAAUGGCUCCUUCUUGGACAGCAGGAGCUUGGGCACUGUUGGCAGCAUUGGGUUUUCUUAGCUGCUGUAGUUUUGGCCGGUGUGAGGCCUCAAGGACUAGUGGUUCGACCUCAGGAGGGAGUAGACAGGAGGAAGAACCCUCAUCAUUGGAAAGAGUGAAGAGAGGAUGGGUGUGGAACCAGUUUUUUGUGGUGGAGGAGUACACAGGCACAGAGCCGCUAUACGUUGGAAAGAUCCAUACGGACUCUGACGAAGGUGAGGGCAACAUCAAGUACACUAUCUCUGGAGAAGGGGCGGGCUCCAUCUUUAUCAUCGAUGAGCUAACAGGGGACAUCCAUGCCACAGAGAGACUGGACCGAGAAGAGAAGGCUUUUUACACACUUCGGGCUCGGGCCCGGGACCGGCUUUCCAACGACCUUCUAGAACCAGAGUCAGAGUUUGUCAUCAAGGUCCAGGACAUCAACGACAGUGAGCCCAAGUUCUUGGAGGGUCCCUACAUCGGCAGUGUGGCAGAGCUGUCACCCAUAGGAACGUCCGUUAUGAAGGUUACUGCAUCAGAUGCUGACGACCCUACAUAUGGCAGCAGUGCCAGAGUGGUGUACAGCGUACUGGAUGAAGAAAAGACUUUUACUGUUGACAGACACACAGGGAUCAUCAUGACCGCAGUGGCAGAUUUGGACCGUGAGACACAGGAUCGGUAUGAGUUGGUCGUCAAGGCAACAGACAUGGCAGGACAAAUGGGCGGUCUCUCCGGCUCCACCACGGUGACCAUAGUGAUCACAGACGUUAAUGACAACCCGCCACGCUUCCCACAGAAGAUGUACCAGUUUUCUGUGUCAGAGGGGGCAGCUGUGGGGACACCAGUUGGACGCGUCAUUGCCACGGAUGUAGACAUGGGCGAGAACACAGACAUGAGCUAUCUGAUCAAAGAAGAAGGCGAACUUUUCAAGGUCACUACUGAUGUAGAGACACAGGAAGCUGUUGUCUCCAUCAAGAAGCCUCUGGACUUUGAGAGGAAGCGCACACACAAUGUCGUGGUGGAGGCGGUAAAUAAGCAUGUUGACCCUCGCUUCGUGGACCUGGGUUCUUUCCGAGACCAGACCAUUGUCCGGGUCAGCGUGUCGGACAUAGAUGAGCCACCCAUCUUUCAACCAGUAGAGGGCACUAUCAUGGAAGUGCAGGAGGAUGCCAAAGUAGGAGCGCUGGUUGGCAUCAUCACUGCAAGGGAUCCAGAUGUGAAGAAUAAACCUGUCAGGUUCUCCAUCGAUCGGACCACAGAUCAGGAGAUGAUCUUCCAUAUUGAUCCUGAUUCGGGUGCCAUCACACUGGGAAAGAUUUUGGACCGAGAGACUGCUGGCUGGCACAAUAUCACUGUGAGGGCUGUAGAAGCAGACAACCACACCAUGGCAUCCCACUCAGCAGUGAGUAUUCGGAUUUUGGAUGUAAAUGACAAUCCUCCUGAACUGGCCACACCAUACGAAACUUCUGUAUGUGAAGAUGCUAAACCAGGCCAGCUAAUUCACACCAUCAGUGUAGUGGAUAGAGACGAGCCACAAUCUGAUCAUCGCUUCUAUUUCACCCUGGCUCCUGAAGCCUCCAGCAAUCGACACUUCACCCUGCGGGAUGUCAAAGACCACACAGCUGGCAUCCAGACUCAGCGAUCAGGCUUUAACCGCCAUGAGCAGAAUGUGUACUUCCUGCCUAUCCUGGUGGUUGACAGCGGGCCUCCUUCCCUCAGCUCCACAGGCACCCUGACCAUCCAUGUCUGUGGCUGUGACGCAGAGGGAGCCAUCCAGUCCUGCAAUGCCACAGCCUAUGUAAUGAGUGCUGCUCUCAGCCCUGGAGCUCUUAUAGCACUACUGGUCUGCAUGCUCAUCCUCAUAGUCCUUGUCUUGCUGAUCCUGACCCUGAAACGCCACAGAAAGGGCCAGAGGAUGGCAGAGGAUGAGGAGGACAUGAGGGAUAACGUCAUCAAGUACAAUGACGAGGGCGGAGGGGAGCAGGACACUCAGGCGUACGACAUGAGCGCCCUGAGGAACCUCUAUGACUUCCCAGAGGCCAAGAGCUGUGACUCUGGCCCGGACAUCCGCUCACUGCCGCAGUGGAUACAGGCUAACCGGGUGGGUGGUGGUGCAGAGGGAGCUGCAGCAACCGCGGCAGACUUCUCCCUAUUCAAAGGCUACAUCCGAAAGAAGGUGGAACAGGCUGAUGCCGAUCUGUCGGUGCCGCCGUAUGACUCCUUCCAGACGUACGCCUUUGAGGGCACCAGUUCACCAGCGCUUUCACUAAGCUCCAUCCACACGAUGUCCACCACCUCGGAGCAGGAUUUCUCCUACCUCAGCGACUGGGGACCACGUUUCAGGCAACUAGCGGGCUACUACGCUCCAGAAAACCCCGAGGAGGAAAGGUCCUAGCACAGCUUCUCCUCUGCAGAGAGACGUUUAAACUCCUUCUUCUGCCUCCCACUUCUCUGCCUCCUCUUCUCAUCCUCUGGCACUCAUCAGAGCCAGCACUGUGUACUCCUUAAAGACAGAGCACCACUCCUUUAUCUAUUUUAAAAGAAAAAUCCCAUUGUCAAACUUUGAAGUUUUUGGUUUGUUUUUUACUCUCUUUGUUUUUUUGUGAGAGUUUUUUGGACUCCAGCAUGAGAGCUCUGGCGAUGAUAUGAGAAAGAGUAACGAAAGAGAUAUCCAGUCACCAAAAUUGCCAUUUAGUUUGGAGGAUUUUCUCUCUCCCAAAUCAUAAAUGAAAACCUCUAUUUUAAGCAGUGAGACUGUUUCCAGAGUUUCAGAGUAUAAACAUGAUGUAGGUAAACUAUGCCAAGGCAAACCUGUUUGACAAACAUGUAUUUAUUUAAGGAGGAACUAUUUAUGUAUUUAUUUGUUUUUAUGUAUUUAUUUAUUUAUUUACACCAUGAUCACUAUGGCAACUGCAUCAGUGAACUGAAGUGCUAAAGAUAAAUUGAGGGGAUGAGGACAUUAUUAAAAAAAUGUGAGACAACAUGGAAGAAAAAAAACCUGAAUUUCCUGCACUGUGACUGCAGUGGCAGGGUGAGGUGACAUCUGGGCCAUAAAAAAAUUACAUUCUGGAAAAUACAGUAUUUGUAUUUAUUUUCUAUGACCACUUUUGUAAAAUAACCAACUCAAGACAUUGAUGAAAAGUAGAGGCAAGUAGAAAGAGGGAACAGAUAGAGUGAAAGAACUGCAGAAGAAAACGUGCUCUCUGUUUAGUCGGAACGGUUGAGACUGACAUACUUUUGCUGUACUUUAGUGAUUUAUAAAAGGGUUUUUGGAGGUCACAAACUGAGGACAAUUGUGUGUUAACAAUUUCUUUUCUUAUCCUCUCCACAGCCAAUUGUAAGGCAAUAAGGCACAAACCGCAGCAGUGAUUUAAGACUGAACAAAAUGACUAUUUCAUGGAAUUGGCUGGUUGCCAGCAUUGUCCCACAGGGAGCCAAUUUUCAUUCCAGAUUGUGUGUGUGAAUUUGUUCAAUUCAUUUUUUAUCCUGAGACAUUUGAUUUUGAUAUUUUAUUUCCU